AUGACAGGCGGCCGCGCAGGCCAAUCCGCGGCGGGCCGCCCGUCCAAUCUGGUGCAGGGGGGGAGGUGGGCAUCCGCAUCGGGGAGAGGGGCGCAUGCGUGCGCGCUGCCACCCAACCCUGCUGAGCGGCCUUCGACGGACAGGCUGCUCGCGCCAAUAGCGGGGCGGCGGCGUGACGUUCGCGGGGCGAGCGGAGCCAAUGGGAGGCGGAGGCGGAGCCAAUGGGAGGCGGAGGCGGAGGCGGGCAGCGGGCAGCGAGUUAGGUUGCAGCACGGCGGCGCCGCUUUGUUUUCAUUUUUGUCUUUCUCUCUCUCCCCAGAACUUUUCCCUAUUCAGAUGGAAGGAGUGAAACUCAUUGUAAACAAAGGUCUCAGCAAUCACUUCCAGGUGAAUCACACCGUGUCACUCAGCACGUUAGGAGAAUCCAGCUACCACUUUGGGGCAACCUACGUUGGCACGAAGCAGCUCAGUCCCACUGAGGCCUUUCCAGUUGUUGUCGGCGACAUGGAUAACACAGGCAGCCUGAAUGCACAACUCAUUCACCUUCUAACAGACAGAGUGCGGUCAAAAAUGGUAUUACAGACACAACAGUCCAAGUUUGUGAACUGGCAGGUGGACUCAGAAUAUCGAGGAAAUGAUUACACAGCAACACUGACGCUGGGAAACCCCGACAUUCUCAUCGGAUCAGGAAUCGUCGUGGCUCACUAUCUACAGAGUAUCACGCCGAGUCUGGCUCUGGGCGGGGAACUUGUCUAUCACCGGCGACCAGGCGAGGAAGGUGCAGUCAUGUCUGUCGCUGGCAGGUAUACAGGCAGUAAUUGGAUAGGAACCCUCACGCUCAGUCAGGCGGGAGCACAUGCUACAUACUAUCAUAAAGCCAACGACCAGUUACAGGUAGGUGUGGAACUGGAAGCGAGCUUGCGAAUGCAGGACACCAGUGUGACGUUUGGGUAUCAGCUGGACCUGCCCAAAGCGAACCUGCUGUUUAAAGGGUCAGUAGACAGCAACUGGGUGGUUGGAGCGACGUUGGAAAAGAAGCUGGUGCCAUUACCCUUGACCUUAGCGAUGGGAGCCUUCCUGAACCACAGGAAGAACAAGUUCCAGUGUGGCUUCGGCCUGACGAUUGGCUAAUCGCAGUCGGGGAAAGGUCUCCCGCAGCCAACAGAGGAAGGCAGUUGGUUUUUUUCAUUUUUACUGGAAUGUACAGAGACCGUCGAACCUGGGGCCAUUCACUGAUGGUACAGCACACUGCUCCGGGACAGGGAGGGGGCCGGGGUGAUGGGGGGAGGGGGAGCAGAGAGGGGGUGUGGGAGAUGGGUGAUGAAGCAGCGCAGCUCACAACCUCCCUCCCAUCCCCCCUCUCUCCACAGGGGUGGGGUAGUCUGUGUUCGAUCGCUCUGGUUGGCGUUCACUCAACUCGAGAACAAUGUCGAGGGAGAUGGUUCGCUCCAAGUGAGCGUUCCCCACUCCCUCUCUGUUUCCCCUCCUAGCUGUUCCCUCACCCACAUCUCCCGUUCAACCCCCUCCAGCUCCUAUCAACAUCGGGCACCUCUUUGCUCAGAUGUUUUUGAAAUCGUCGUCAUGUGAGUUUCCCUUCUUGCGUGCUCUCCUCCCCCAUGCUUGCCCAUCCUCUUUCCCCCCCCCCUUACCGUCUCCCCCUGUGGGCUGUGAUCUCACUGCAGCGUGAGUGCUGGAGAGGGUGAGUGUGGCCUUGGGGUGAGUUCAGUUUGAGAGACAGACAGUCAGAUAGAGACGGUCUGUGUGGCGGCACCGCGAUCUGAAGCCGCUGUCAAAAUUGAUGUCGAUUUUUUUUUUUCCGGAAACUCGCUCGUCCUUAAAAGACACAAGCUUUUCCUCAGACAGAAUCUUAAAAAUGUUUCAUAUGAAGGAGGGACUUUCUUGUUGUGGGUGAGACUGGCAGCACCAGCAUCUAUCGCCCCAUCCCUAGUUGCCUUUUGAGAAGGUGAUGGUGAGCUGCCUCGUUCAUCCUCUCGUCGUCAGUGUGGUGACAUUGUCACAGUGGGGCACCUCCUCGGGGAAAAGUGGGGGUGUUUUGGCUACAGCACUGCAUUAAGUGACAUCCGAACCUCACGUUUCCUUUCAUUACAUUAACACUCGGACUUGCAGAGAGGGCUCACUCAAUACCUCCUGCUGCUUCGCUAUUCACUUUUCUUUCCAGAUGGUUACAUGAUAGCGCUGGUGGGGUAGGAGAUCCAGAAUUCAUCUCUCUCCCCCCCCUCCCACUCCUUCCAAAUCUGUCACCAACCCCCUCCCCCAGCAGACUUUUGACGUGGGGAGUUAUUGCAGUGUUAGCCCCUCACCAUCCCACCGGCGGACGCGAUGUGUCUUGGGUUGGGAGGUAGAUGGUUUGGAUUUUCUUGUUGGAUUUGAUCGCCCCCCCCCCCUUACCACCACCCAGGGGUGGGCUGCCAUUCGAGUUGGACAACUCUGGCCACCCAAAGGUGCCCCAGGCACUGCCAAUCCUCAGCCCCCUGCCACUUAGUCUUAACGCCCAUGAACCCUGGUGGGGGGUGGAGGGAGACGGUCUGUUUGACUCAGAAAUGGCUGUGUUCCCUCCCCUGCUCCCCCCCCCCCUCCCUUGUUACUCCCACGGCCUCUGAUCUUGUCUGCACUGAUGGUGAGGGAUUGCAGGAGGUCGAAGUUUGUCCACCCCCGCUCCCAGAACUGGUUUACUUCAGUCAAACAUACGGUUGCCAUGGCUUGCUCAGCUCAUUCCGAACUCAAUCGGAACCCCCUCCCUCAGUAAUGAGGCUGUAAACCUCGGGAAGAGAUGUACAGAGUGUUUGAUACUGUAAGCGAAUGGACACUGCGUGUAAAUCAUGUUUGAUAACUUAAAACACAGUUUUUUUUUGCAAAUGAUGUUUCAUGUUGUACUUUGUCAAUAAAUGACAUGGGCAAGUCUC